GCGGCCCGGCCCAGCAGCGGAGCCGAGCCCGGCGCGGCCCGCGGGAGCGCUGCCGGGGCCGGCCGGCAGAGGGAGCUGGCCAUGGUGGACCAUCUUGCAAACACGGAGAUCAACAGCCAGCGCAUCGCUGCUGUGGAGAACUGCUUUGGGGCUUCUGGGCAGCCCUUGGCCUUGCCGGGCAGGGUGCUGCUGGGAGAAGGGAUUUUGACCAAAGAAUGCCGCAAGAAGCCAAAGCCUCGCAUCUUUUUCCUUUUCAACGACAUCCUCGUCUACGGCAGCAUCAUCAUCAACAAAAGGAAGUACAACUCCCAGCACAUCAUCCCCCUUGAAGAUGUCACUUUGGAGACGCUGCCGGACACCUUGCAGAUGAAGAACCGCUGGAUGAUCAAAACCUCCAAGAAGUCCUUUGUGGUGUCCGCAGCCUCCCUGACGGAGAGGAAGGAGUGGAUCAGCCACCUGGAGGAGUGCAUCAAGCACCUGCUGACCAAGACGGGCCGGCAGCCCUGCAGGGAGCCCGCGGCUCCCUGGAUCCCAGACAAGGCCACGGACAUCUGCAUGCGCUGCACGCAGACCAAGUUCUCCACGCUCACCCGCAGGCACCACUGCCGCAAGUGCGGCUUUGUCGUGUGCGCCGACUGCUCCAGGCAGAGGUUCCUGAUGCCCCGGCUGUCCCCCAAGCCCCUGAGGGUCUGCAACCUGUGCUACAGGCAGCUGCUGGCAGAGAAGAAUAAGGAGGCGGAGGCGGAUCGGAGGCAGACGGAGCCCAUCCCCUCUGCCAUGCAGGGCUACGAGCCCUCCAGCGGCGAUGACAGCGACAAGUCUGACGAUGAGAGAGCUGAGCAGUGGCCAGCAGACACAGAGUUUUAUACCUCACAGGUAUCCUGGUCAUCUUUCCACAGCUGACCUCCCUGGGAGCUGCUGGUGUUUAGACACUGGGAAGCCACCCUCUGGCCUCCAUUGCGUGUCCUUCUCGAUGUUUUCUCUGAAGGCCAUGCCUGGGAAGGUGGGUCUUGGCCCCUGUGUGGUGUCAGAGCUGAGACAAGGUUUCCCCCCUGAGAACGUCUCAUAUAGUGUGAGCACAGAGAGAACAGCUCCGUGAAGAGCAUUGAGGACUGGGGCAGCGCCCUGUGAAUCAGUCUUGGCCAAAUGAGCUCACCUUCAGUGCCUUAUUCUUCCUCUCUGCUAAAACAUCUCUUGUUUGAAAUGUUUUGAGUUUGGCUCUUGGGAGGAAAAGGAGCAUGAAAUCCCAGAGUUGGACACAUUGGCCUGCUCACAGUUUGUUCCUCACAGCAAGGGCCAUUCUGGAUGUCACUUUCCACAAGCAUUCUGAGAUUCUCUCUGCAAGCUUGCCAGCCUGAGGGAAUAGCUGCUCAUCCCUGCAUGGUACAGCCAGCACUGGAUUCCCUGUCUUCUCAAGGUUGGAAACACUAAGAGAAUGGCACUUGGAAUGCAGGGAGCUUGUGUGAGGCUCAGUGUGAGCAAAGCACUGGAGCAUCCAGCUCUCUCACAUGGAAAGAGGCCAUGCCAGUGGUACCAGGCCAGGAGGAGGAGGGAGGGGAAAGGGACAGGGAAAAUGACACUGAGCAGUGAAAUACGGAGGGAGAGAGGUACUGCAUUCACUCAACUAGUGCAGAGGCAGAUCUCAAACACAGGCAGUUAUACCUGUUACUAGAAACUUGAAAAUCUCAAGCCUAUCAGGUAAAAGGACAGCCCAGGGAAGACUUGUUAAAAGUCUGUAAAAGUCCAGGGAAAAGCCCCAAAUUAAGAUGCUGUGAAGUACAGCACUUCAUCUUCCCCUUCCCUCCUGGGCUGCUGCCCAAGGCAUCAGAUUCUCACUUGUGGGCUCACCUCCUGCCUUAUCAGUCUCACGAGUCCAAAGUUAAGGUCCUUUAUGUACUUCAAGGAUGGGAGCCAAAGACUUUACAGUUUACUUGAGUACGUAGUUCAAAUUCAGUUAGAAAUAAACUGUGUUUAUUCAAGUACUCUAUCAUAAUGUAGCGUGGGAGUAAAUAUAGAGGAAAUCAGACAACAGCAAUUGUUUUGCAGCAGACAUUUCUACAAACUCCAUUAUUAGUGUAUUUUUGUAUUGUGUAUUUUGUGGUCUGGAAAAGCAACAUGGCUGGGAAUACACUGCCAAUGUUGUGAAAUGUUUCCUUACCAUGACCUGUUACAAGCAAUGCAUUGCUUGAGAGGUGGCCAUGUGUUUUUUUAAAUUUCAGUUCAAGAUAAUUAUUCUUACACUCUUUUAUAAACUGCUACUGUUCCAGUGAAUUUGUAUCACUUGACUAUGUGUGAAUAAAGAUACUGCCAACAGGAAGGAGCCAGGAAAA